AUGGAUUGCCUGGGGAGAGCCCAGAAGUUGGCUGACGUGAUGAUGUAUCUAGGUUCGAAUGAUGCUGAUGUUGACCGGACGGCUGACCUAAACCCAAUGCAGGUGAUGUGGAGAUUCCUCUCAGACGAACAGCCAAAGGAAUUGAAAGAAGCCAAGUCAACACCCAAAGAAACAAACCCACAACCUAGGGACGAAAUAUGGGGCCUGAUAAGCAUCAACUGA